AUGGGUAGUGAUGCUGCCAAUCUUGAUAGCACUUACGCAGGGAAGAUUCAUACGACCGCGGUACUAGGAAAUCACAUAGUUUUCAGGAUCUGCCCGGUUCAGCAGGUGCUCAAAGCACAGCCAUACGUGUACCAGCCUGAAUCGAGCUCAACUCUUAGCUCUGGGCUUUCAAGAUGCAUAUGGCUACCCCAGCUCGACGAGACCAAAGUCUUUCUGGAAAAUUUUAUUCGUGUUGCUCAUUACUUUCCACAUGUGACCCAUAUUCCCCAUCUUCCAUCUAUUCUUGAACGAGUCUAUGCGAAUUUGAGCCUACAACAGGAGGUACAGCCAGGACAUUUCAUACGGGUCCUACGUAUUAUCGCGGCGGCAACAUAUUCCUGGGCCCAAAGCGAUGGCGUCAAUGGUGCAUUUUCUUCCCUGUCAGACGCUAACGAACAAGUCUCGCUUUGGAUCACCGCGGCUGAAGAUGUUGUGGAGGCGACCUCUCGGAGACGUAAAAUCUCUAUUGAAGGGGUCCAAGGAAUGAUACUUAUAGGAUUUAUGGCCGCCCAUAUCGACGGGUUACAUAGAUACCGGGUCCUGUUCGCCAACACAUUGGUGCUCGCUCAAGACUUGGGGCUUCAUCGCAUUGACCAUCCACUUAACUCUGGAAAGGCGAACACAUCACAGGCAGAGAUUAAACGCAGGGUAUGGUGGUAUUUGUGUGCAUCUGAUUGGGCUAUGGCUGCACGAGUAGGCGGAGUCGGCGAGGGUGUUUAUUCAUGCCAUCCUCGCCAGAUGAUCACGAAAAAGCCACUCAACAUCAAUGACGAAGAGGUUUUGGAUGACAUGAGUCGUCAUGAGCGCCCCCUUUCGCUUCCAACCUCUAUGUCAUAUACAUUACAGAAAAUACGUCUAGCUGAAGUAUCUCGCAACAUUGCCGAUCGAAGUCCACUCAUGAUGGCAUAUACAGGAGGCCUAAGUCAUGAUGCGGUUAUGGACAUCGAUACUGAACUCCAGACUCUUAUCAACGAAGUUCCAGGUUUCUAUUCAAUGACACCUCCUAUGCUGAUGGAGACCUACGGUCUGACUCAGGCUCGAGCUGAGGAUAUCAAUGCGGACAUCGACAAUGUGGUACAGAAUAAACUAACCGAGCUCCUGGUUGGGGUCUUUUUGGCUUGUGCCGUUCUGCUCAUGGAUGCGUAUAUCAGCCCACUAUCUCCGCAACAACAUGAGCAGCGAGAAGAGAUCUUCAGGUCUUUCAAAAUCAUGGAAAUUGCGAAAAAGGGCUCAGAAACUACUUCCAAACUUGUUGACUCGCUGAUGCAUAUUCUUCGAAAACACCAAACGUCAGCUUCCGAUUUUGUUCCAAGCGAACGGCAAGAACCUCUUGCAUACAGUGGUGGCAAGAGUGAAAGAGACCAUCAAAUAUUUCCCUAUGAAGAGACAUCCUUUGACAAUAGUAUACCUCCUGGAUAUGGUAUCUAUGAUAAUCUCCGUUUCCCGGAAACUACUGAGGAUCCUUUCAACGUCAAUAACAGCCCAAACCCUGUCGCAAGGUCCGGAGAACAUCUUGACUUUAUCCCAGAAGAUAUUUCCUCAUACUGGACUGAUUUCACUCAUAAGUUUGAAGAAGGCGUUGAAAUCGACCCUAAAUCUUUUGAUUGGGGCAGUAUUUUCAUGGAAUUGGAUUCUUCGUUUAUUUAA